AUGUAUUUAUAUCUAUCUAUCUAUCUAUCUAUCUAUCUAUCUAUCUAUCUAUUACGGUUUGUUCCUAUCUAUCUAUCUAUCUAUCUGUCUAUCUAUUACGGUCUGUUCCUAUCUAUCUAUCUAUCUAUCUAUUACGGUCUGUUCCUAUCUAUCUAUCUAUCUAUCUAUCUAUCUAUCUAUCUAUUACGGUCUGUUCCUAUCUAUCUAUCUAUCUAUCUAUCUAUCUAUUACGGUCUGUUCUUAUCUAUCUAUCUAUCUAUCUAUCUAUCUAUCUAUUACGGUCUGUUCCUAUCUAUCUAUAUCUUUAUUUCAGUCCUUUUUUUUUCAAAUUUACACAUUCUCUAUUCAUUUCUUUUUUCUCCUUUAUUCUCUUUUUCUUUUCUUUCCGUCUUUCUCUUCUUUUCUCUUCUUUCUUUUUUCUCUAUAUUUUCUUUCCUUUCUUUCUCCCUUUUUUUCGCUUGCUCUCUUUCCUUUGUAAUCUUUUUCUUUCAUUCUUCUCUUUAUUUCCUUUCCUUGUUUUCUCUCUCUUUCCCUAUCAUUCUCUUAUUCUUACUCUUUCUCAAUGUCCUCGACUUUCUCUCUUGUUGUCACGCGGUCAUUUUUUUUAUAAGAUUUGAGAAUGGAGAGGCUUUAUCAAUCCAUCUGCCUCUGUCCUGUCGUCACAUUCGCUUCUCGCAGCUGUCAUGA